AAGCAUUUUGUGAAGGACGACUCAGACGAAGCCGAGUUGGUUCAGUUCCUCAAGAAUUACCCUUCCAAGGAGCGCUUCCGUUUUGUGCCAUCAGAAGGGAUCCAGAAGGACGAAGGGGUGGGCCGCGCAGACGCCAAGAUGUUCUCCAGCAUGGUCAGGACCAUCCCGGAUGACACCUUGGUUGAAAAAGAGCAGAGGCCCUUCCAUUGCCCGCAGCCCCUUGACUUGCAACAGCAGCACAUGGCUGCCCCGACACCGCCGAGCCCUUCCCGACCCAGAAGCCCCUGGGGCAGGCUUGACCCCUAUGAUUCUGAUGAGGAGUAUGUGGGGUUUGCGACACUUCCCAAUCAAGUACACCGGAAGUCUGUGAAAAAAGGCUUUGAUUUCACACUCAUGGUUGCAGGAGAGGCCGGGCUGGGGAAGUCCACUCUUGUAAACAGUCUCUUUCUCACUGACCUGUACAAGGACCGCAGACUCCUAAAUGCGGAAGAACGGAUUAUGCAGACGAUAGAAAUAACGAAGCAUGUGGUGGACAUUGAGGAGAAAGGCGUGAAGCUCCGUCUUACUAUCGUGGACACGCCGGGCUUUGGGGAUGCUGUCAACAACACAGAGUGCUGGAAACCCGUGGCUGACUACAUAGAUCAGCAGUUUGAGCAAUACUUCCGGGACGAAAGUGGCCUGAAUCGGAAGAACAUCCAGGACAACCGUGUCCACUGCUGCCUCUAUUUCAUUUCUCCCUUCGGACAUGGGUUGCGGCCCCUGGACGUCGAAUUCAUGAAAGCUCUCCAUCAGCGUGUGAACAUCGUUCCGGUGCUGGCCAAAGCUGACACCCUGACACCCCGCGAGGUGGAGCGGAUGAAAAGCCAGAUCCGUGACGAAAUCGAACAGUUUGGAAUCCGGAUCUACCAGUUCCCAGACUGUGAUUCGGAUGAAGAUGAUGAGUUUAAGAUGCAGGAUCAGGCUCUUAAGGAGAGCAUCCCUUUUGCUGUGAUUGGCAGCAACACAGUGGUGGAGGCCAAAGGCAGACGGGUUCGCGGGAGGCUUUACCCGUGGGGCAUCGUGGAAGUGGAGAACCCUGCACACUGUGACUUUGUCAAGCUACGCACUAUGCUGGUGAGGACCCACAUGCAGGACUUGAAGGAUGUGACGCGAGAAACGCAUUAUGAAAACUACCGGGCACAGUGCAUCCAGAGCAUGACCCGCAUGGUGGUGAAAGAGCGGAACCGCAAUAAACUCACCAGGGAAAGUGGGACAGAUUUCCCCAUCCCUGCCAUCCCUCCAGUGCUGGACUCAGAGACAGAGAAGCUGAUCCGGGAGAAGGAUGCAGAGCUGCGGCAAAUGCAGGAAAUGUUGCAGAAGAUUCAGCAGCAGAUGACAGACUCCCAUUAGCCCCACCGCCGAUCC